UAAAUCAAGCCUUAUUAAGAUGUCUGAUCACCGGGAGAGGUUUAACCCUGUCAUGAUGUUCCAUCCGGUGUAUUGGAGACAUGCAAAAUCUUCAGCAUUUCCAGCAUUAAAACGGUGUUUUGUAUCUCAAAAGGAAAAACCUGUGCUGACUCUCUUCACUAAGCAUCCAUGUCCUCUUUGCGAAGAAGCUAAAGAAAUACUUUUACCGUACAUGAACAAGUUUGUUUUAGAGCAAGUGGACAUAAGUCUUCCAGAGAACUCGACCUGGUAUGAAAGAUAUAAAAAUGAUAUUCCUGUUUUUCAUCUUAAUGGGCACUUUCUGAUGAUGCAUAGGGUAAACCUGAAAAAACUGGAAAAGCAUCUUGAAAAAUUGGAGCAAGAAAAUGGAAAACUUUAAUAUUGAAACAUGUUUGCUUACCUCAAAUGUCUCCUUGCUGUCAAAUAAAGUAAACUAUUGUUAUUAUUUUAAUCAUAUUCAAACUCCUUUUCCACUUUCAAAAGAACCACUUUAAACUCCUUGUCUAUAUAGAUCUAACUAUGUAUGUAUAGAUAUAUAGAUAGUAUUGUUAAAUGAACACUCCGAGAACCAUAACAACUCAAUUUUCAUAAAUUUUAAGUUUUUAUGCUGCCAUAAGCCACCUGGUAAAUGCCAUGCCUUUAGUGAUUAAACUGCUCACAAACGGUUUAAACCCUUCAAGCAGGGAAGUGCAAUGAAGCUCCUGGCACCAUGACAACAUAAUUUAAAUUAAGUAGUUAUGGUGCACGUUGUGUUCCUUUAAAGUCAGAUAGGAUUUUGAUUUGAUUACAUAUGUAUGUAUCAUUAGCUGUUUAGUGUGAAUAAAAUCUUUUU